ACGCCGGGAAAAAUGAGCCCUCUUUCCUCCUAUCAACGGGGAGGAAGCUAAGAUGGCGGCCUUGGCGACCGGUGGGGCGACGCCGAGUGACGGGGCUACCAGUUUCCAGCGGAAAGUUCCUGCUAGCAGCCGCCUGGCCGCUAUCGCGGGCACCCGGCCCUCGGUGCGCCACGGGCAGCUGCUGCUCUCCAGUGGGCUACCCUCCCUGGAUUGUGUGCUAGGUGGAGGUUUAGCUGUUGGAACCCUUCUUCUUAUUGAGAAAGUAGGGGAAGCUGUGGAAUGUUUGUCUGGAUUGCAGUGGACCCAGAGGAACAGAGUCUUCAGCUGCAGGAUUCUUCUAUGCUUGUGUGCCUUACCAGCUAGAGAGGAAGAUAAAUACGGUAUUUACUCCAACUUGUUGUUCAAGUAUUUCCUCGCAGAGGGAAUAGUCUGUGGACAUAAUUUGUUUGUUGCUUCUGCUAAAGAGGAUCCUGCUGACAUUUUAAAGGAAGUUCCAGCACCUUUGUUUGAUGAUGUCCACAAAAACCAAGUGGAUGAGAAAGAAACAGCUGUUAAAUCUAAACCAGAAUCUCAGGAAUCCAUGAAAAUAGCCUGGCGUUACCAGAAUUUACCAAAAAUUGAGGUCAGUCCAGCAGCUUCUGCACGAUUUGGACACUAUUAUGAUGUAUCUAAAACAGUGUCUCCAGAGCUACUUCAAUCCAUAAAGUGGCACCGUUUUUUCCUUCCUGAAGAAAUGUCUUUGCACCCUGAAAUAAAAACUGGUAAUAUGACCUGUGGUUAUACCAGGCUGCUUCAAUCUAUCCAGAGGAUCAUAUACCAAGAAGGAUUUGAUGGAUCCUAUCCCCAGAAAAACCAAAAAAAUAUUCUGCGGAUAGGAAUUCAGAGCCUUGGUUCAGUGUUGUGGGGAGAUGACAUUUGUUGCGCUGAUAAUCCAGAAGAUGUUCAUAGCCUCACAAAGUUUCUGUAUGUCCUCCGUGGUCUCCUCAGAAUGUCUUUGUCAGCCUGCAUAAUCACAGUGCCAGCCCAUCUUAUCCAGAAUAAAGCAAUUAUGGAACGUGUAACAAACUUGUCAGAUACGGUAGUUGGUCUUGAAUCAUUUAUCGGCUCUGAGAGAGAAACCAAUCCAUUAUACAAGGAUUACCAGGGUUUGAUUCAUGUGCACCAGAUUCCUCGGCUUAAUAGCUUGAUCUGUGAUGCGUCAGGCACGAAGGACCUUGCUUUUAGAUUAAAAAGGAAGCUGUUCACCAUUGAGUUUGCACAUUCUUCUGUACUUGUGGCCCUGUUAGGCCAUAUGUUCAGGUGACACUCCAAAAUUUUACAUCCUAAAGCAUGGAAACUUUACUUUAGUACCUAAAAGACGGUAUUGUAAACACUACAUCAUUUGCUUUAUGACACUGACUUCUUAAUGGGGAUAUGUUUAAAAAAAAUUCUGUAUGCCAGCAAUACCUUUUUGAUUCAGUAGGAGAUGGAAAAGAACUCUAAAAUAAAGAGCGAGGUAAUCCUCAGAGGCCACAUUUUGUGUGUGUGUGUGUGUGUGUGUUUGCCUCACGUUGAUGGAAAACAUCUGUUCUUAAUUUUUUUAUAUAUUAUGCAAAGCUAGUUUAUUCUUGUGAAAAUAUUGGACUUCAGCCAAUACAGUCAGUUAAAAAAAUAUAUAAAGAUACAUUUUUUAUACUUGUCUUUGUCCCUUUUUGUGAUGGUUUGGUUUUGGCUAUUUUUUAUUUUUUUAAUGUUUGAUUUUGUUUUAAGCGUUAAAUCCCCCAGUGCCCAUCACUAGUGAGAGUGAGUCAGAUCAAAUUAUUAUAAUUAUUGCUAUUACAAAUGCCCUUUGUUAUUUUAUACAUACCGCUGCUUUUUGGUCUUCAUUUUACAACUGCUUUUUGACUAGAGUAUUCUUUCCCUCAUAUUAUUAACUUGUUCUUCAUGGAAUUUACAUGAGGGAGUGUAUGGUAUGAUCUACAUAAUAAGCAGUAGACACCACAAACAUGCUGUCUAACCAUUGUCAAGUUAGUGUAGGCAUCAUGGCAGAGGAGACUUUUAGGGGGGGCCUGAUGGUGAUCAGUGAGAUGGCUUUAUGGAUUUUCACUGGGAGCUACUCCCAUGCACAAAGGUUGGCAUCGGAGAAAGCUCAAAGUUGAUGGUUUGAAAAUUUUACAGAGGAGCAGUCAAGACUUGCACCAUUGGUGUAACAGAUGCAGUGUAACAUCUCAGUGAUGUAUAAGAGAUGAUAAAUAUGGUAGGGAUAGGCUGUGAGGGCCCUUUAAAGUGAAGGCAAAUAGUUUGUGUAUGGUGUGUGGAAAAGAGGGAGCCAGUGGAGGAAUGCAAAGUAUUGGGGGUUGGGGAGCACAUGGCUCAAGGAAGUUAACUUUGCAGCAGCAUUCUGCCUGGGAAUAAGUGGAGUUAGAAAGGAUUUGUCAAGACUGGUGAAGAAGAGGUUGCAGUAGUUCAGAUAUGAGAUAAGCCGGACUUGACGGGAGCUUUAACUGUAUCGAUGUAGAGGAAAGGCUGGAUCUUAGAGAUAUUGUGCAGAAAGAAGCAGCAGGAUUUUGACACUGCCUGGAUGUGUGGACGAAGAUAAAAUGCCCAAGUUACAGGCCAGAGUGAGAGGGAAGGUGGGGGUGGUGUCCAUAGUGAAUGAGAAAGGAAGGAGAAAGAGAGGCUUAGGGGGAAAAUGUAUAGCCCUUUUUACACCAUGUUGAGCUUUAGCUGGCAUCUGUAUUGGCUGCAGUAGGAAGAUUGCUUUUGCUUUUUUUUUUUCCCCCUUGUGAACUUGCCUCUUAUUUUGUGGAAUGAGCAGGGUAUAAGUAGGGUGGGGGCACUUUGGGCUGCUUGCAUUACAUGAAAAAGAGGAGGGGGAGGACAGGGUUGGUUUCUGGAAAUUAAUGGAUGGGGAUGUAGGGAAAUGUAACAUUCUGUACUUUUUGAGUUAUUCGUAUGUGUUGUUUGAUUAUUAAUUUUUGUCUGCCUAUUUUGUUUGCCUUUGGGAAAGGACCUGUCUCUUAUUCUGUGUUUGUACAGUGCCCAGAACAGACUGGACCCUCUGGGUUCCACUGUAUGCAAUUAGAUGAUUAAUAAUCUCAUUGUGACUAUGUAUUACAUCUGUUAUCACAGCCUGAAUUUUAAAAAAUGUGGACUUACAUUUUUAUCUUUCCUCCUCCCCUGCUCUAGUUCCCUGGUUUUGAAUAGAGACCUUUUCUUGAUGGGUUCUGUGCCUGAAGGCCCUGAUAGCCUUAACAUAAAUAAACUAUGAAAAGUAUGUACAAUAAAUAAGCGGUGUAGCUGAUUAGGCCCUAAAGCGGUCAACAAAUCUUAUGCUCAAUUUACAAUACAGAAGCAACAGUGCACACAAUCUAAAAUUAAUACCAAAGCCAGCCCUGAUGGAUUACAGUGAAGUACCUUUGCUUAUACCAAGUUGAAGAGGCUUCCACAGACAGCCACAUGUCUGUCACAGAAAAAGUCCCCAGGAUGUGCUAGUUUUGCUUGGUGGAACAGGUUUCUAUGCUAGAUCCCUGUCUUCAUUGUAGCAGCCCGGUUUGUGUAACUCCCAUAGAGCCAAUCACUUGUUUAGUGAUCCUGACACGUGCUCCCAUGCUCUUCUUUGGUAUGUGGCAUAACAGGAGGCAGGAGUGCUGACUAAAAAGUGACUCAGUCCUGUCAAUGUGUGAAGCACUGGGUUGGAGAAGAUGAAUCACUACAGGUUCUUUCCAGCACAAAGGAUUCUAUGACCUAAUGGUGUGAGAAUAUUGCAUGAAAAAUGGAAGAGGAUAAGAUGAGAAGAGAAAUCAAAGAGUGUUUAACUUGUGCCAGAGUUUGCCAGGGCUGAGCCCCAGCACCUCUAGGCUCGGCAGUUCAUAGCUCUGGCACCUCUGGGCUUGCCAUGUCACUUACAAAAGUAAAAAAAAUUGCUUAAGCCGUGGCACCUCUUUCAUUACAAAUUAAGCACUGGGGUAAGGAGAGACAAGGAAAAGAGGUGAAAAGAGGAAGAACUUUGCUGGGGUUUGAUACUAUAGAGGAGCAGAAGAAGAGAAGGAGAACUGAAAGUGAGUGUAUAAAUAGUCAGUGGGUGACACAAAGGGGGAAAAAGGAUGGCAAGAAAAGUGGAGCGAUUAAAUAGGGGAAUGAAAGGAGGUAACUAGCCAGAAACUCACUCGAGGAGCCAUCUAGAAAGCUUCCCUAUGCAUCUUGGUUAUUGAUACCACCUUCCUAGACAUGGGGUUUACUUGAAAGGUCAAAGGUGGGUUUUACUCACUUUUUGCCAAACAGAAAGGUGAUCAUUCUGAUUUGCAGAGCACAGUGUGUAAAAUUUUAACCCACUGCAGUACCUUAGUACACAGUAUCAAUUAAGGAUGGCAUUUCAGCUCAACUGCCCUAUUCUUGCAGACUUGUCAGACCUUUGCAAGCAUUGUAGUGUAAUCUUGGUUAUUUAAAUUCAUUCAUUUUUUCCACUGGGAUUUAAUGAUUCCUGUGAAGCAAUUAUGAUCUUCGUACAAGUGUAGAGACACUACCUGUCAAUGAGUACUUAGGGAAUUCUUAAUAUGUAUAUUGCUGACCUGAUAAACUGUAACAGCUCUGAGGGAGUUGUUAUGGUCUUUUGCAUCAAUGAGUACUUAGGGACUCUUUAAUAUGUGGAUUAUUGGGACAGUAAGAACGGCUGCAGUCCAUUGUGUUAGUGCAGCUGUUUCACAUGUGCACUAAGAUAUUACACUAAACAGUCUUACAAAAUGCCGUUAA